AUCCAAUCAUAUGCCAACUCAUUCCUUUACUUCUUUCUCUCACUGUCUCACAACAAUAAAAUCGAAGCCUUUUGCUGAAAACUCACCAUUUCCAUGUCGUUCUUCCAAAUGGGCUUUCCUCCCAAAAAAGAUGCUAUUGGCAGAAAAAGCACGAGCAGUGAGAUCACUGAGAUGAAUACUGACGGCGGCGAUGCGGUUGUUGGAGACGACGGCGCUUCCGAUUUCUGGCCGGUUCAGCGCCCCAUUGCGCCGCCGCCGGGAGACAAACCGGUCGAGUGCCCCUUCCCUAGCUCCAGUGAGCUGCGAUUUUCAAGGAGGUCUACGGAACCUAUGAGUAAGAGGCGUCAUAGUGUGAGCCACGACGGAGACCAUUACAAACGCCUUAUUUUCCCAGAGAAAUCACACUUCUUCAAAGGCAACUUCAACACUACCACAAGCUUUAGGUUUAAUAAGUUUUAAUCAACUCAGUGAAUGAGAUAUAUGUGACAAAAUAUUUCCCAUAUAAAUAUAGUUCUAUAUAUGGUUUGCUAAGUUUCAAUAUUUGUACCAUUUUCCUAGCCACUACUUAAUUAUAUCAAUCUCGACACUUUUUCUUGUGUACUUAAUUACUUUUAUGAAGGCAUAUAUUUUCCUCU